AUGGUGGUUCACUGUAGCUUUGCGAGAUUUGUCCUGUUGCUGGCUGUGGUGGUUUUCUCCUCUUUGAGGACAUUAAACUCAGUAGAGGAGCUAAAAGAGACUGGAUUUGGUACACCCCCUCCCAGACAUGGACUUGCUCUGCUGUUGUGGUAUGUUCAAAACUGUGUGGACAACAACAUGGUGGCCCUCUGUGACCCCAUUAAAGGAGAGUACGGCUUCCAUGUGUUUCAGAACAAAGGACCAUACAACCUUUUACCGAAGCUGAAGGAUAAGACGUAUAAAUACUUCACCAUAGGAAAUCUUCAUUACAAGCAUGCCAGCGAUCUGCCUUAUGAAGUCAGGAAAUAUUACGAUCCAAAUAAUCCAGACAGCAACAUGGACAGGUUGCUUGUAAAGUAUAACAAAAACAACAAGAAAAUCGAAGAGUUGUACAUCUCAGAGCACUAUAAGAGGCUGAAGACGUAUCGUGCUGGUCCACCACUUAUAGCUGAAUUAAGACAGCACUGGUUUAUUCUAGUCUGAUACGUACAGACUGUAUCCCUCACAGGUCCAGAGAGUCUAGAGCUACAUAAUAGAUACAUAAUAGGGAUUUUGACUUAAAUAAUUGUGGCACUGAUGGCAUUGAAAUAUUGCAUUGAUUUAAAACUGGGUUCACUUCAAACUUUCAUACUAAAUAUGUCUUAUUGAUGCACUAUCAAUAUUAUAGUUACACACAAUCCAUCAAAUAGAAUAAGGUUUGCAAUAUAGCUAGUAAAGCAGUUGAAUGCUGUAUAAAAGGGAUGGUAUUAAAAGCAGGUGGACCCAUGCUCUAUUUUAAUACUAUUUAUAGUUAUUGUAACUUCUUUCCUCAGACCUAAUCUCUCUAGAGAUCUUAGCUGCCCCCACAAGACUUAAU